CCAUCCUCCGUCCGUCAAAGUCGUGAAAGGGCGUAGAAAGACAACAGCAGGUUCCUAACCCACUAUUAAUCCCUUCUUCUAUCAUCUCUUCCUCUUUCUUUUCUUGCCUCUAGACCGCUCGUCCUCUUCUCAAAAGAACCACACAUAUUCUGUCCCUAAGUUGUCUACCCUCCUCUCCCCCUCUCGCUCUUACAAAUUCAAAGAUCGCGCUUCUCCGCAUCUCCCUGGUGGCAGGGCGCGAGCCGCACAAGAGGCUAGAGAAAGAGAUAAGGGUUAUCACGAGUCGAUACUGAUCAUAGGAAAACUCAACGUCUCCCAGAUCUUCCAGUGGUCAAUCCUGCGGGCGGAAGAGAAGGGACAAGUCAACAGGCAGUACAGAGGAAAGGUAAUAGGCGGCGGUAGUCCCCAUUCAUUGGUUUUGGAAACCCCAGGUUGGGCUGGGUUGGGGCUUGAUUGACACCCGUUCUGGUGUCUUUUUGGAAGAACAUCUCUCAACCGCCGGAAGGCAAGACGAGUCUUGGAGAUGGCGGAUUCAGGAACUACAAUGGCACCGCGCAAGUUGCGCGUCAAGCAGAUCUACACCUACCCGAUCAAAUCCCUCCGCGGCAUCUCGCUUUCCUCCAUGCCGGCGACUUACAUGGGGUUCCCGCACGACCGGCGCUUCAUGCUCUUCAACGUCGCGCAGAGGAAAAACAUGGCCGUCGCGCAUUUCACCGAGAUGUGCCUGUUCACCACCGCCUUCUCCCCCAACGGCGAGGUGAUUGUCACCUACACCAAAGACCACGUCUUCGACCAUCCAGACCGGAAAGUCGGCCCGGAGCUGCUCCCGGUGCCCCUCAGUCCCGAAACGGCGGGGCUCGCGGAGGUGGAGGUCACCAUGCACUACUCCCCCUGCAUCGGGUACGACAUGGGCGAGGAAUACAACCGCUGGUUCAGUGAGCGGUUCGGCUACGAAGUCAAAUUGCUGUACAUCGGCGGGAAUCGAAGGAAAGUGUUGGGCAACAUGCCUCCCAAGGCCGCCGCACAGGAGCGGACUGGCGCUGUUGCGAGUGCGAACGCGGGAGCGAAUUCGUGGUUGGGCAGUAUCACAUCCACGGCGACCUCGCUUGCACGCGCCAUCACCGGGGCGGGGGACUCGGACACGGACAAGGAGGACCAGUACGAGGGGAUCGACGAGGGCAUCUCCUUCGCCGACGUGGCGCCCUACCUGGUCAUCUCGACCAAGUCGUGGGAGAACGCGCAGCGCCGCCUCCCGGCGGACGAGGAAAUGGAUAUCUCCAAGUUCCGGCCGAACAUCAUCGUCGAGGGCGCCGACGAGGACUUUGAGGAGGACUACUGGGCCGAGAUCCUCAUCGGCGACGCGGGCGACGGCGAUGAGAGCCGGCGCGCCAAGAUUGUCCUGACCCAGAACUGCGCGCGCUGCAACUCGCUCAACGUCGACUACGCCACCGGCAAGGUCGGCGAGGGCGAGUCGGGCAAGAUCCUCAAGAAGCUGCAGAGCGACCGGCGCGUGGACCCCGGCGCGAAAUGGAGCCCCGUCUUUGGGCGGUACGGGUUCCUUGCCAGGGUCCCCGAGGGCAAGUCGGCGGCCGAGAUCAAGGUCGGCGACGAAGUGACGAUUGUGCGGAGGAACAGCGAGAGGACAAGGUUCGUGUGGCCCAAUCUGAGCACCUGAACCAAGAAACCUCUCUGCAUUGUAGGGAUGGUCAUCGUCGUUCUUCUGGGCUGGCGUCUCUGUUUUCCGCCCCGUCCAAGGUCGAGCUCUUGCGUUUCUGAAGGCCAACACUUCGCCUGUAAGGCUGUACCUGGUGUCGAAGGAUAUAAACUCCAACCAUAUCAUAAUGCUUCUCGUUCCAUAUCCGUCGCUGAUGCCUAGUUGUACCCUCGUUCCCAUGCCUGAGGAAUGCACAAACCCCCCC